AUGAAUUAUCAUUUUACAAUGACCACCUAUCUUGCAUGUGACAAUGAUAACAAAUACCCGAACUCAGAUGAUCAUAUUUUACAAGACAGUGAUCGAACUAAUCAGUAUGAGAAUAUUAAUUCAGAUCACAUAUUUGUGGAUUUAAAUGGUAACAAACAAGGAAUAUCCUUAGAAAAAUCGAUUUUUAAAGAAUCAUGUAAUACUAUGGGAAAGUCAUCAAAUGGUUGUAUACCAGAGCUUCAAAAUUCUGUACAAAAUUACAAACCAUCUACAGAAAUGCAUCCAUUUGAUGAGUCUGAUAAUUAUCUUCGUAAUGAUGUACAGUCAUUAUUUCAACGUCACUCUCAAAUUGUUCAACGACUAGAACAACUUGAUAAACAAUUAUUGACGCUGUUACAUGAAGAAUGGUCAAUUACUGGAAAUGUACCAUCAGAUUAUGAAUCUUUAAGCAUGAAACUUGGUAUAUACAAUAAACCUGUAAAGAAUACAUCAUAUCCUUUAUCACAUGUACUAGUUCAUAAGGCAAGUACAGUUAGCAUGAAACAAGAAUAUUAUGAAUAUUUAAAGAAAAAGAAGAAAUCAUUAACUAUUGCUACUAAUAAACUAACAGAAAAUGCUUCAGUAGAAUUCGAAUCAACUAAAAUCAAUUCGGAAAUCGAUGAUUUUUCACUUCCAGAUGACGAAAUUAUCAAACGUCAUCAAAAUACAACACAACGUUUAGUUGAGGUAUUUGGUCGUAGUGUUAGUACUGAAUUAUUAUUGCCAAACGAAAAAUUAUACAAUGUUAUUGAUUUAACUGAUAGAUGCUCUAAUUCAAAUACUUCUUCUAUUCAUCAUUAUAAUUCUGGAAAUUCAACUUUUGAUAAACAUCAAUAUUACAAAUUAAAAACGGAUAUUUAUUUAACUCCAUCAGAAUAUUAUCGUUUAAAUCAUGUAACAUCAAUAUCUGAUUACAGCUCAUUUCUAUCAGCUGACUAUUCACCAACAACUUCUCUUCGAAGUGAUCACAGAUCAAUUAAAAAUAAUGUGAAUAAUAAUAAUGAUAAUCAAGAUAUAAUAUCCAAUUUCCCUAGUAAUUUAUCAUCAAAUAUUAAUUGUCUUAAUCAUUCUGGCAAAAACAUCGGAAAUCUGCAAGAUGAAAAAUGUAUUAGUGAUUUAAGAUUAAGAAACUCUGUAAAUAAAGAUUUAGUUGAAAAUAAUGAAGCUACACAAAUGAAGGUUGAAUCACAAAUAAACGGUGAUGUUUAUAAUGAGGAAGAGGAAGAUAUUGAUCGUGUAGCUUAUGAAAUUGAAUUACGACGACUUGAAGUUGAUUUUGCAGUUAUAUCACAAUUAUAUGCUGUGCAUAAACAAAGGGCAAAAGAGACGAAAUUUGAAUCAUACAAAAUUGCAUAUAAAUCUAAUUCUAAAAAGUUAAAGGAUAUCACUCAACAAAUGAAUCGUAUAAAAGAUAUAUUGUUGUCAAAUCAGCAACCGAAUAAAAAUCAACCUGUUAUUUCAGUUGAUAGAAAAAUAAUACAAAACCAACUUCUCAAGCGACGAAGAACAUGGAAUCCACUUAAACUUAGUUCUUCUAACUGGACUAUAGGAAGUGGUACCUCACCUAGACGAUCAAAGCUUAAUGAAAUAAAAUUUCAUGGUUUCUCCACACCGGUUACACCUAAUACCACUACAAAAAUCCCAGAUAAUUGUCUUGAACGAAAGAACGACAUUUUCAUAGAAGUCCCUGAGUCAACAAUUAUAGGAAGACGGAUGCAACAUACUCUCCCACGUCAUAGUAAACUCUGCUAUGAAGAAUCUUUCAAGUGUGAGAAAUUGAUUGCAGAAUGUCCAGUAAAACAAGUUAUUGACGAAUACUUACAUCCAGAUCCUCUCACAACAAUGAGUGUAACACCAAUUAAGCAAGAUAUAACAACUGAACCUAAACCCACCUUAUCUAAUUCAGUUCUAUAUCCUGUGGUGACUAGUUAUGUUACUGCUCUGAACAAAAGUUUCCAUCAUUCGUCCGAUUCCAAUACUAUCAAUCCUCCGACAUUAAUCAGCGCUGCCGUUCAAGAUAAAUUAACAUCUCCAGAUCAUACUGUACAUAAAACAGUUGUUCACGAUCGACGCCGAAAAUAUGUUAAAACUUCCAAACGUUCACAUUCAUUAUCGUCAGAACUCUUCAUUGUUUCUGUUGAUGAUACAUACAAUCUUCCACAUAGUCUACUGAACAAAAUUGCUCGAGUUCGUUCUCUACCACAAUUCAACAAUAAUCAAAAUUGUUCCAGUGAAUAUAUAGACAACAUCAAAAAGAAAAUAGCACAUGAAAGUUAUUCAAUUGAUGGGAAACUUAAAAAUCUUAAACGUCAACCACUGAGCGUAACUACACAGUCAUCAGGUAUUGGUUUCAAUAAUUCAUUUGCUUCUGUUGAAUACACUGACACACUUCGAUCGUCCAACUUGAAUUGUGUUAAGAACAUGCCUAAAAACACUACCUCAUCAAAUACAUCCUCGUCCAACUGGUCGACUUCAGGUUGCUCAUGCUUAUCUUCUCAGACAAACAAUUCGUCUCCAUAUGAAGAAAGAGCUUUAAAAAUAAAUGAGGACUUAUGUAAUGAGAACAAAGAAAAACCGAAACCCAAAACAACCGGCUCAGAUGACUAUUCCAAUACACCAGCAAAAAAUUGUUCGGAGGAAACAACUGAAAACAAGGUUAUACUAAGACAUAUUGACAAAAGAGGAAGAAGAGUACCUACUACUCUUAUGGAAAAUAUCAAUGCAUUACCUUUUGGAAUAGCAGUUUCUGCCAGGUGUAUUUGCAGCUGCUUCUCAGAACAUAGUCAUCCUAUAGCUACUGCUGAAUCGCAUGUUUGUCAAUGUUGUCAUACAGAUAACCCUAUCAACACAAAUACAUCAAUACCACUCAAUAAAUCUGACUUUAGGACCGUCAACGAUUUCUCUACAGCACAUGAUGAAGGUAACUUAGCGUCUAUGCCAUCUUCUAUAUGCUAUAGUGAAGAAACACAAUCAGUCAAUACAUCUAGUGAUGAUCGACUUCUUUCAAAGAUUCAUUUAAACUGUUAUUCUUUACAAACUCCAAAAAGUUAUGAUAAAAGCCAAGAGAACGAAGAACGUCUUAUUUCGCAAACUUCUAAUAAUAAAUCGACUAUACUUGUGAAUUCCAAAAGUGCUCUCAAAGGUCGAUUAAGUUUAAAACCCUUUUCUUUAUUAAGACGUGCUGUUUCAAAAGUUACAACAAGUUCGGGACGUCGUUCACUCAAUGCAAACACGCCUUUCACAAUAAACAAAAAGAAGUGUAUCACUAGCCCAGCAAUAUUACCAUCUCUUACCACAGAAAGACUAAAAGAGAUAAACACUAGUAGUUUCACAAAUAACAACAUUGAUCCUUGUAGAAGAUCUAAAUGCUCAUUUAAUGAGAUUCACGGUUCCUCGGGAUAUCAAUCAAAUUCUAGUAUUUAUACUACAACAAAUAAUAGCCAUAAUAAUAGUAAUGUUCGUCAAUUUACAUGGGCCAAAAAACUUCGACAUUCAAUACGUCCAUCACAUGCACUAUCAAAUAAAUGUGUAAACUAAUCUCUAGAAUACUUAUUAUUUUACACCAAGUGUGUACAUACUACUCCGUCUUACCUG